GCGUGCCCAUGGACCCUUCCGGCGCCAGGGGGGGCGGGCGAACAGACCAUUCCGCCCAGCUGAGGGCUCGUUUGCCUCGCCCCGCUACCCUCGGCGGCGUCCGCUUCCUGGCCCUCCCCAACUUUUAGCGAGACCAACGAGAGGACACCGCCUGCAUCUAGAACAGCCCGGCCAGGAGCGUAACCGAGUGCCGCGCGCGAACGGAGAGUAAAGCCGCGCGCGGCUGCGCUUUCCUACCCCCGAGCCGUUCUAGACGCGGGAAAAAUGCUUUCUGAAAGCAGCUCAUUUUUGAAGGGUGUGAUGCUUGGAAGCAUUUUCUGUGCUUUGAUCACUAUGCUAGGACAUAUUAGGAUUGGUCAUGGAAAUAGAAUGCACCACCAUGAGCAUCAUCACCUACAAGCUCCUAACAAAGAAGAUAUCUUGAAAAUUUCAGAGGAUGAACACAUGGAGCUCAGUAAGAGCUUUCGAGUAUAUUGUAUUAUCCUUGUAAAACCCAAGGAUGUGAGUCUUUGGGCUGCAGUGAAGGAGACUUGGACCAAACACUGUGACAAAGCAGAGUUCUUCAGUUCUGAAAAUGUUAAAGUAUUUGAGUCAAUUAAUAUGGAAACAAACGACAUGUGGUUAAUGAUGAGAAAAGCUUACAAGUAUGCCUUUGAUAAGUAUAGAGACCAGUACAACUGGUUCUUCCUUGCACGACCCACUACAUUUGCCAUUAUUGAAAACCUAAAGUAUUUUUUGUUAAAAAAGGAUCCAUCACAGCCCUUCUAUCUAGGCCACACUAUAAAAUCUGGAGACCUUGAAUAUGUGGGUGUGGAAGGAGGAAUUGUCUUAAGUAUAGAAUCGAUGAAAAGACUUAACAGCCUUCUCAAUAUCCCUGAAAAGUGUCCCGAACAGGGAGGGAUGAUUUGGAAGAUACCUGAAGAUAAGCAGCUAGCAGUUUGCCUGAAAUAUGCUGGAGUGUUUGCAGAAAAUGCAGAAGAUGCUGAUGGAAAAGAUGUAUUUAAUACCAAAUCUGUUGGCCUUUUUAUUAAAGAGGCAAUGACUAAUCACCCCAACCAGGUAGUGGAAGGAUGUUGUUCAGAUAUGGCUGUUACUUUUAAUGGACUGACUCCUAAUCAGAUGCACGUGAUGAUGUAUGGGGUAUACCGUCUUAGAGCAUUUGGGCAUAUUUUCAAUGAUGCACUGGUUUUCUUACCUCCAAACGGUUCUGACAAUGACUGAAAAGUGGAACAGGAAGAUGUAUGUGAUCACCUAUUGGACAUGUAUUGUCAUUUGUAGUAAUGACUACAUAUCCAAUACAACAGUACAUUUCUCUUAUUCAGUGGCACUGGUGUAAUCACACAUUAAAGUUUAGUGGUAUAUUUUUAAAGGGGGUGGUAUUUUUUUCCUUAAAACACAUGAAAAUUGUGCACUGGGGAGAAAUGUCUUAAUAAUAAUUUUGCAUAUAAAGGAUAUAUUUAUAAAUAUUGUAUUUAUGCAGUAAAUUCUAAAUUAUGUGCCACAUUAAAAUCUGUGGCACAUAUCUUUGCUGAUUGGUUAAAAAUUUAGCAUGUCUUUUUAGCUUUCUAAGUUAUUGAGUUUCUAAUUAAAGUAAAACUUUUAGCUGUGUAUUUCCUUCUAUAAUGUUGAUUUAUGUUCUAAGCUUCCCCAAGUGCCAGUGGAUUUGCCUUCUCAAAGUACACAACCCAAGCAACUAAGGAAAUGUUAAGGUGAAACUUGAAAUCUGUCCCUGAGAGAAAAAGUGAAAAUUACUUGCCAAGCUUGAGUGAUUUUCCUGGGAGCUAAUUUGGUGGCAUUUCUUAGCAUACAAUUUUCAGUGUAACUCUCUACCUCAGUGUGCAGAUAAUGAAAUUGGAGUGGUGACUAUGAACAAUGUAAUAUCAUUUAACUGUGUUGUUUCCCAGUUAAUCGAGCUCCCAGCUGCAACUUGGAUAAAAAUGUAUCAAUUGAUAUUUAUGUAUUCCUGUUCAGCAAAUUAAUUCUAUAUAAAUCUCCUUUGAAGAACUUGUUUGGGCCAUCUGAUGGUUUCACUUGCUAGAGUUGAGUCUGUCCUGGUUUAUGUUUCCUUGGUCAAAUUCAGAGAUUUUUUUUUCCCCAUGUUCAUGGUUGUACCAUAUCUGUUUUUUGUGCACAGGCCCUAAGCUCACUAUCUACCUUGGAUUACCAUUCAUUUGCCUAAUGUUAGUGACUACUCAGAAACUUAACCCAGUGGUGGAUGCAAGACGCCUGUGCUAUAAAUGUGUGAGAUACUUGGAGCUGACUUGUCAUAUAAUCUGGCCAGCACAUGCUGUAUUAUCAGAUCUAUAAGCCACCAUAGUGUGAGACUGUGACAUUUUAGAAAUCAAUAUUUCCUGUAACUGGCCUAAUGGUAAUGGUCUCAUACAGCUUUAGCAAACCCAAAAGAGAAUUCCCUCAAGAGGUCCUGGGCUUGAAAUUAUUGAUCCUCAGAUUAGUGUGUAAAAACCCUUUGUUUUAAUUUCUCUGAUUUUGGGGCUUUUGGUUAAGAUGGGCUAUUAAUUUUGAAGAAUAAUAAAACCCCUUUAUCAAGCACCCUAA